GAAGUUCAUGGAUGGGUCGCUUGAUAUUUGAAUAGGGUGGUGUGUAACGUAACCUGAGCAAGAUGUGCCGAACAUAUCUGCAAUGCCGUAUCCCGAGAAUUCGGCUGGCGGACAUCUGGGGAUGACCAGGGUGCGUCAGUGAGCGAGGCUGUUGUUGUAUGUCAUCCUCGGUUCUUCCCCGCAUAUUCGACCCCGAACUGCAACCUGCUAUUAUAACUAGGCGAUGCUUAUGAGCGUCGCAAUAGAGAAGUUUCCAAUGACAAUUCACACUGUGGAAAAAUCAAACCAGUAGUAACCAUGCCAGAACUACGUUAUGACGGACAGGUGGUGGUUGUUACCGGUGCAGGGGCUGGACUGGGGAAGCAAUACGCCAAGUUCUUUGGGUCAAGAGGUGCAAAGGUGGUGGUGAACGACCUGGGCGGGACGUUUAAUGGAGAAGUUGGGAAUGAUCAACGGGUCGCUGCCCAAGUUGCCGACGAGAUCAAGGCCGCUGGCGGUAUCGCAGUGCCAGACUUCAACAACGUCGAACAGGGAGAAAAGAUAAUCGAGACUGCCAUUGGGAAUUUCGGACGGAUCGAUGUCCUCAUUAACAAUGCAGGCAUUCUUCGAGAUAUCACGCUUAAGAACAUGACGGACAAGGACUGGGACCUGAUCCACGCGGUGCAUCUGCAUGGCGCGUACAAAACGGCGCGAGCAGCGUGGCCGCAUUUCCGAAAGCAGCGAUAUGGUCGAAUCAUCAACACGUCGUCGGCUUCCGGACUCUUCGGCAACUUCGGCCAAUCGAACUAUGCCUCUGCUAAAGUCGCCUUGGUUGGCUUCACAGAGACAUUGGCUAAGGAGGGCGCCAAGUACAAUAUCGUAGCGAAUGUCCUCGUUCCCGGCGCAGCCAGUCGACUGACGCAAACGGUGUGGACUCCCGAGAUGAUGGAGGUCAUGAAGCCGGACUGGGUGGUCCCCAUUGUGGCUGUCCUCGUCCACUCAUCGAACAGGGAAACCGGAGCCAUCUUCGAGGCUGCAGCGGGCCACUUCUCGAAGAUUCGCUGGGAGCGGUCGGGCGGAUUGUUGCUGCGCCCAGAUGACACCAUGACCGCCGGAGCCGUGUUGAACGGCUGGGAUAAGAUCCACGAUUUUUCGAAGCCUGAAUACGGAAGCGGCAUUGGGGACAGCAUUGGCACCCUUGAGAGGGCCAUGAAGCUUCCUCCGAGCCCUCCUGCUGAAAACAUCACCUUCAAGAAUAGGGUUGUGCUCGUGACUGGUGGCGGCGAAGGGCUGGGUCGGGCGUACUGCCACAUGUUCGCAAGGCUCGGCGCUAAAGUUGCAGUGAACGAUGUCGUCAAUGCCGACCUUGUCACAAGCAAUAUUCGCAAGGCAGGUGGUGAAGCGACUGCGAUUCCAAUCUCGGUGGAGGAUGGCGAGGCCGUCGUUAACGCUGUGCUCAAAGCAUACGGUCGUAUCGAUAUCCUGAUCAACAAUGCCGGUAUCCUUGGGGACCGCGCGUUCAUCAACAUGACGGAAAAGCAAUGGUUCGAUGUGUACAGUGUCCACUUGCGCGGAACGUACAAGGUGACGAGAGCUGCCUGGCCACACAUGAUCAAACAGAAGUUUGGCCGAGUCGUCAACACUACUUCAACUGUUGGGAUAUACGGCAAUUUUGGGCAAGCGAACUACUCCGCUGCGAAAUCCGGAAUCAUUGGAUUUACCAAGAGCAUUGCACGAGAGGGGGCCAAGUACAACAUUCACGUCAAUGCCAUUGCGCCAAGUGCUGGCACAAACAUGACGAGGACUGUGAGGCCUGAGGAGGAAGUCCAGCUGCUGAAGCCUGAAUACGUUGCCCCUCUUGUUGCGGCCCUCAGCGCUGACCGCAUUCCAACCGCCCCAGGAAAGCUGUAUGAGGUGGGCUCGGGCUUUUUCACCAACACCCGCUGGCAACGCGCUCGAGGUGUCGAUUUCCCCCACGACCAGGGAGUCCCAUCAGCUGAAGCUGUCCUGGAGGCGUUCAAGGAGAUCUGCAAUUUUGACAACGGCCAAGCUGACAAUCCGGAAGACCCUGCAGAGGGUAGCAAGUAUAGCAUGGCAAAUAUCAUGAAAAGUGCCGAAAAGGGCAAGUCGCUCGAAACAACUGCUGAAGAUCGGGAGAAGAGAAGGUACCUGUCAAAGGUCAAUGCAGCAAUCGGAGUCGAGAGUGAGGCAUCUGUCUACUCGUAUGACAACAAAGAGGUCAUCCUAUAUAACCUUGGCCUCGGGGCCAAGAGGGCCGAACUUCCAUUGGUGUACGAGGGCGACAAGAACUUCCAAGUCCUGCCAACGUUCGGCAUCAUCCCGACAUACUUCUCCAAAUCCUCGUUCAAUUUGAAGGACAUCGUGCCCAAUUUCGACAUGAGGAUGCUCCUGCACGGUGAGCAGUAUAUGGAGGUCCUCAAAUUUCCAAUCCCAACCAGCGGAAAGCUGAUCACCAAGACUUCGCUCCUGGAGGUGGUUGACAAAGGCAACGCCGCUCUCGUCAAACGGGCCUUCAAGACUGUCAACGAGGCCGGCGAACCGAUUUUCUACAAUGAGAACGUCGCUUUCAUCCGUGGCUCGGGAGGGUUCGGUGGUUCGAGAACCCCAGCAGAUAGAGGCGCAUCUACGGCUGCGAAUGUCCCUCCGAAACGCGCACCAGACACUGUCAUCGAGGAGACAAUCUCCGAAGAGGCGGCGGCGAUCUAUCGACUCUCCGGUGAUCUCAACCCGCUCCACAUCGAUCCUGUUUUCUCUUCUGCCGGUGGGUUUAAAGUUCCCAUCCUUCAUGGACUGGCAAGCUUUGGUAUCAGUGGGAAACACGUGUAUAGCACGUACGGGCCUUUCCGAAACAUCAAAGUCCGUUUCGCCGGUACCGUCCUCCCUGGUCAGACGCUCGUUACGAAGAUGUGGAAAGAAGGAAACAAGGUCAUCUACCAGGUUGAGGUUAAGGAUACUGGGAAAGUCUGCAUCUCCAAUGCUGCGGUGGAACUAUUGGGAGGCCACAAGGCAUCGUUGUAGACAUUCCGUAGGAUUUCUGUAUAGCGACUUUUGCUUUCUUGAGUAAGAGUUAUAUGAGAUCGUAGUGCAGGUUGCAAAAGCGUAUUUACAUCCGUAAUUCGGUA